UAUUUUUAUAUAUCUGUAGUUUAAAUAUGGGUAACUGUCAUAAGCCUAUAUCAUAAAGAUAUAUUAUAAUUAUAUAUUACAGUAUGUAAUCAAGGUGGAUAUAUAAAAUAUACAGUCUGAUUGUAUAUCCACCUUGUAUGUAAUAUACGACUAUUAUAUAUUAGUAUAGUCUUUAUUAUCCCAUGGUCACAAAUGUAUGAAACAAUUUGUUUUAUAUAUCUGUGGUGUAUGCCGUACAUGGAAGAUCUAAGACCGUAACAUCGACCAAGAUUAUGUUUCUGCUCACCGUUAUAAAAUAAACCAAGGUUUAUGUGUCGUUGAUCGCUAGCAAAACAUUUAUCAUAAAUACAAAAUUAAUUUCUUAUAAGUUUGGGUUUUUUCCAUUUCAGUCAUCAACAACAACGUACUCAGUGUCACAAUAUCUGUACAGUUGUACUCUAGUACAGUGCUCAUUUUAUUUUGGGUUUGGUUUGAUAUUCAAUUGAAACAAACGGACAUUUGUUUUGCAAUUAUAUCUGUGAAAAAUGGAUGCAAGCAAUGAUUAUUUAUUUGCUCUACAACUACAAAAUGAUUUAGUCGACCUCACUGAUAUUGGUGAUAAUGAACAUGUGGAUAUCACUAAAUUUUCACCAGGUGUAAAUGCUGCAGUCAAUUUGGAAAAUCAUGAAAUCGAUGUAAAAAAACAAAAGCGUAGUUGUACCGAUAUAUCAUCUCAACCGAUAAAACGACCAUGCAACAAACUUGUGAAGACUACUGAAGAUAUAGUUGAUAUUUCAUGGGAAACAUUAGACCCUAAUCCAGAUAUACACAGUCUAUUUUUGGCAUUCAACAAGCAAUAUUUUUGGGGGACUUUGGAAACAGUCGUUAUACAAUGGAGCAAGAGGAUGACCGUUUGUGCUGGUUUGUGCAGGUAUCAAAGAGGAUUUUGUUCCAUUAGUCUAAGUGAGCCAUUGCUAAAACUUAGACCUCGGAAAGAUUUAGUUGAAACAUUAUUACAUGAAAUGAUACAUGCAUAUUUGUUUCUUACUAACAACAAAGAUCAUAGAGAUAGAGAUGGACAUGGACCAGAAUUUUGUAAACAUAUGUACAGAAUAAAUGUAGUAGCCGGUACUAAAAUAUCGAUUUAUCAUGAUUUUCAUGAUGAAGUAAGGUUGUAUAAACAACAUUGGUGGAAAUGUAAUGGGCCAUGUCAAUAUAGCAGACCAUUUUAUGGAUUUGUAAAAAGAAGUAUGAACCGUGCACCAGGACCAAGCGAUAGAUGGUGGGCCAAUCAUCAAGCUAUUUGCAGUGGAAGUUUUAUUAAAAUCAAAGAGCCUGAAGGUUAUGGAUUGAAAAAAAAAUCAACUGUCCCUCCAGUUUCUAAACAAUCAGCAGUUAAAUAUGUUAAUAAAAUUACUAAUUUUAUUAAAAUAUUAGAUUCUCCGGAAAAAAAAAUCUCCGAAGAUAAAGCUAAACUAUAUUCCAAAUCUAUUGAAAGUAAUCAACAAAAAGUACAACUGAAUUCAAAUUUAGAAACUAUAAAAUUAACAGUAGAUUCUCCUUUAAAGAAUAUUUCUGAAAACAUUACCAAUCAAGAUUUAUGUCUAGUAAAUGAUGAAACAACUUUAUGUCCUGUAUGUAAUGAUUCUGUGUUAACAGACUGGUUGAAUAUCCAUUUACAAAAUUGUAGUCAGUUGAAUGAAAUGUUUGGCAGUGAAAUUGUAGAUACAUGUAGAUGUCCAGCUUGUAAUGAAAAAGUUAGUAGAACUUUAAUGAAUGAACAUUUAGAUAAUUGUAAAAUUUUGAAUAAUGUAUUUGAAAAUGUUUCUGUGAGUUCACUUGAUAAUUCUGACUAUGUGAACUGUCCAAUUUGUGAUAAAAAGGUCAAAGAAAUGAAUAUCAAUACACAUUUAGAUGUUUGUAUACCAGAGGAAUCAUCAAAUACUGAUGUAAAAAAUCUAAUAAAAUGCCCUUGCUGUGAAAAUAUAUUUAGUAGCAUAAUAGAACUAGAUGAUCAUAUUGAUAACUGUUUGUUAUGAAACACAAUGAUAAUACAUCAUAAUACUUAUAUUUUA